AUGGCAACGGCCACGCAGCUGAUGCCCUCGCCGACCCAGGGCCUGAAGUCGGCCUUCAGCCCUUAUACCGACUCUCCCAGCUCGCCAGCUCCCUUCCCCCACUCGGUCUACUCCAACAGAUCCUCGGGCACCACCUCUGACCACCUGCACCCGCCCCCGAGUCCCUAUCCCGCCCACGUCGACCCCUCGCCCGUCGACAGCAAUGGCACCGUCUCCACCGAGAUCGAGGAUGAGUCGCAGGAGAACCCGCCCAGCGAGGACGAGAUGAGCGACAUCCGCUCUCCCGACAUGGACGACCUGACCAGUCCGUCCAGCCAGGGCAGCCUCGGAAAGCUGGCAAAGCUUGAGACCAUGAUACCAACGCGGGCCCGCUCCAACUCGGAUGAGGCACCGCAGUCGGUCAUCCACGCGCCGACUGACUUCAAGACUUUCCAACCUCGAAAGUCUGUCGCCAUCUCCCAAACGCUAAGCCAAACGCCGCCGCCGGCGUUGUCUAACAACACGUCUGACAAGUCAGACAACACUGUUGUGACAGGCUCGCCCGUCACACCCGAGUCUCAUAAACAUCCAGAUGAGAAGCAGAGACAAUCUGCCGUUUCUAUGAUGUCUCCCAUUGACACCUCAAUCAUAUCCCCGCCAGGAUCCUUCGACCGGGCUACCCCUCGCGCACAAACCCGCCAGGAAGUAGAGGACGAGUGGCGGCGGUCGCGAAGCCGGGCAAGCUCCAACUUAGCAGAUAUCUUGGAAUCGGAAGACUUCGGCACUCAGACUCAAGAUGAUAAUACCUCGGUCGUUUCUAUGGGCACUCAGACAAUGGGGGAGGCUCUCUUAGACAUUAACGAGCAAGAGAAGGAGGUUGCGUCCCUCAAAAGUGCUCUGAGCGAGUGUUGGACUCUGUGCAAUACCCUGGCAAGACUCAGCCAAAAUCACCGCGAGCGCAUGUUCCAGUACUCAGGUGGAGAGGGCGAAGCGCAAGAGCAAGCUUGGCGAAGCUGUUGGCGAUUAUGCCAGAAACUCUACGAGAGCCGGAACGAGGACCAUGCCAGUCAGGUGAAGCCUACUUUGGAGCUGUGUCGCGAGUUCUGUCAGGCACUUUUUGAAGUCCGCCAGCGGGGAGACGAAGCCUCGGACUCGGUUCUUCGCGUCAGCUUCGAGCUGAACAACCAUCUUUACAACACCCACGACCGACAGUUACCCGAGGCAUUUAGAGAGCGAACACUGAUGAAACAGAGGACUUCGCUACCGGAAGAGACCGACGCCCUACUACGAGCGUGCUGGUCUCUUGCAGAGAUGCUGUUCAGCAUACGGCAGAACACUAGAGAUGGCAAACCUGCCGACGAGGAGAUUCUCGGAUCGGCCAUUCAGGCGUGCUGGGAACUCUGCGACCUGUUCCGUGAAGGCUGGACUCAGAUACGCCCCGAAAGAGGGACGCCACGGCCGAGCCAGUACACAUUUCCCGCUUCCAUAAGCCAAAGCUCGCGCUCUGAACGGUCCAUAGGCCAGUCCGAUCGCUCGUCAUUAGACGAGAGCUACCACAGCGCGGUCUCGAUGAACCCCGAAACACCUACAACUAUAUUCGAUGACCGCGACGAGCUCUCCCCUACUGAAGAACAAAAUGUGCCUAAUAUUCUCGUCCUUGGCCCCGAAGCGGGAGCAACCCGUACCCACAAUCGCUGGUCCUCAGCUGCUUCCACCCUCUCGGGCUACUCUGAAACCUCCCAACGCACCUCAUCCACCGCAACCGCCGGUCGCGAAGACCCUCAUCUCAUCCGCCUCAAAGCCCUCAUUAUCAAAGCCGCAAUGAACGCUGGCUACGCCCGUGGUCAGCCUCUCCCGAAUUAUGUGAAAUCGCUUCCCGCGAAUGCUUUUGGCUCAACACAAUGGCAAACCCAGCUAUUGGACUCGUAUCGGAAAUGCGUGCUGACGGAUCCCGCCCUACGAAAUGCUCAUGCUGUGCCUCCCAAGCGGCUGAGUGCCGGUGAGGUGGCGCGAGCAGUGCAGUGGAUGCGGAAAAACGAGCAAUUCGCCUGGAUGAGAGAUUUGUUCCGAUUCGUGUUCGGAUUCUACCCCGAAGUUGCGGACGCGAGGAAGAACAUCGUUAUCUCGACAUGA